CACCGGAAUAAAGGUUCCAUUUUCAAUGGUUGAGCUGUUUUGUUCCUUCAUUCACAACCACUAUCAGUGACUACCUACCUCUGAGAAAUUUUUGUGGUGUUUGAAGCACGUGUGCAGACCGCCUGCUCUUGCCCUGCAGGCCAGCCUUGCUCCCUUUGCUCUUGCCCUGGCCCUAGAAAGGUGCAUUAGGGCAAUAACGUUGGAGGGUUAUAACUUCUGGUUGUUCUUCGCACUCUACUUCCUACUUUUUUCCCCUCAGUCAUCUUGCCACACUUUUGCCAUCAGAACCAUCUAUCCUGCCAGCCAUUCACUGGCCACCACAUGAACCUUCCUCUUUCUGUAGCCCUCUACACCUUCUGUUCCUGAUAUCACCAGCAUUACAGCUGUCGAUCUUUCCUCGUUCAGCUGUACAACUCAACCUACAUCAUCGCCACUCCCAUUAUUUCAGGUUUCGUGAUCCAUCCAUCUCACACUGCCAUCAUGUCACAAGUGGAAGUCAAUAAGAAGAGCGGGACGACCGAUGACGGCAAUGGCGAUUGUCACGGCGCAUCGACUCAUAUGCUUCUCUCGCCAGAAGCUGCUGAAUCAGAUGCCCCAACUUGCAACGGCAACAUCACCUUGAACCAACCCGCCCGGAAGAAGACUUUCUCGGACCUGCCUCAGGAGCUUCGAGAUAUGAUCUGGAAGGAAGUCUUGCUCGAUGAAGACGAUCUCAACAUCUACAGCAGAUGUCACGUCGAUGUUCGAGCCCACGGUUUGUUUGCCUUUAUGUAUGCACCACAGCACCGGCCCCGAAAGAAACUUCCACCGGAUCCUGGCCUCGUCCUCCUGUCAACGCGGCCCCCAGCUCUCGCCCAUCUGUGUCACGACGCACGUGAAGCUGCCUUGAAACAUCACGAGCGGGACCCUGUACGUAACGGUUCACCAGCUUUGCGGGGGGAGCUCGACAGCCCGUCUUGGUUAUCCAGAUCAGCCCUACUUCUCGCUAAAUGUCACCAAGACCCCGGCGAGAAAAAAGGCUUGUCCCCUGACGACAUCAGAUGUGAUCCUUUUAAGAGCCAAUCCCUGCUCUUGCAUAUGGGGCCCCACGCGUGGGAUCACAAGCAAUUCGGGAGAGAUCCCCGUCUUGUUCGGGCCUAUGAGAUCUUGCGAAAUGCCAGAGACGACCAGGUAAUGGUCAGAAUUCCAUGGCUAAGGGUUUCUGCUUACCUCAGUUGGCCGCAACUGUCUCGAUGCAAAUUUCUCUUUGAUCAAGGUCCAGAUUGCAUUCACAAACUACCUGAUGGAGACCUCCACGAUGCAUAUUACCAAAAUGUAUAUGUGGAGGCUCAUGAUUCUGACAUGUUACGCUGCAUCAUUCAGGCCGCUGAUCGGGGUUUCGAGGUUCAUAACAUGAAGGACUCUGUGGAUCUAUCAGAGUCUCUAACCGAUAAAGCUUUUACUGCAGAAGUGGCUAAAAAUGCUUUGGCGUUUCUUCAGGACCUCUGGGUUGAGGAGAGCCGGAAAGCGUCGAGGGAAGAGGAAGUUAUGCCUAAAGUCAAACUUGUCAUCGAUUUUGCAAUCAUUGUUAGCUAAGGAGAUGUCGACCUUUGACUUUGGGUUGCUCUCUCCAAUCACACAACACCUGUUUCCUAAGCGACGGAAAACGGUGGCUUCCAGCAAAGAGGGAAACAACGAGAUGGAUCAGCGUGCAAACCACCACCCAGGACAA